AGCUGUUCGUCUUUAACCCGAUUUAAAGGGGAAAACACGCUCGUUACAGGUUCGUCAUCACCCUGCAGUGUAGGUACCAAGAAUAAAGGAAGCAUCGCAGCACAGACAUUAUCGAGACGGUACUCUGUGCCUUGUUAUGACUGGGCAUGAUUGUUAGCACUGCAUAAAAAUAUCAAGAAUUUGUUGUAAUAGAAUGUCUGAAAAAUAUAAAACGCCACGUACAACUGAGCUGGAGUUUGGGGGAUUAUUGGGUGCAGUAUGUCUUCCUGUGAUUCUACCCCUCACUGUGCUCUACUUGCUUUUGGCAGUCCGUACCUCCGAUGGUGGCAUCCUUAAUUUCCCUCCUCUAUUGCCAUCCCUGCCUGAACUGUGGUUUCCUACUGCUUUUUUAUUUGUAGUUGGCUGGGUGGCACUUCAAGCCCUGCUCUAUCUGCUGCCUUUAGGCAAGAUCACUCAGGGGAUGGUCCUCAGAGAUGGGUCAAGACUGUCAUACCCUGUUAAUGCCUUUCAUGCUCUGUUGAUAACAUCAGGGCUCAUUUUCUGCUGUGUACUGGCUGGCUUACCUCUUGGAUACAUUUAUGAUCACAUCAUUCCCUUGGCAGUCUCAGCAGGGUUACUGGCUUUAUGUCUUAGUUUCUUUCUAUAUGUGAAAUCAUUGUGUGCUCCUCAAACUGCAUUGGCUCCAGGUGGAAAUACAGGCAAUCACUUUUAUGAUUUUUUUAUUGGACAUGAACUUAACCCCCGAUUCAACAACUUUGAUCUCAAGUAUUUCUGUGAGCUUCGACCAGGAUUAAUUGGCUGGGUUGUGAUAAACCUGGCCAUGCUAAUGAAAGAGACAGAGCUGCGAGGAAGUCCCUCUCUUGCAAUGAUUCUGGUCAAUGUAUUUCAGCUGCUCUAUGUUGUGGAUGCUUUAUGGAAUGAGGAGGCUGUUUUGACUACAAUGGACAUUGUACAAGAUGGAUUUGGGUUCAUGCUUGCUUUUGGAGACUUGACCUGGGUUCCUUUCACAUACAGCCUGCAGGCCCAUUUCUUGGUCAGAAACCCACAGGAGCUUACUAUAUUUAGUGCCUUUGGGAUCAUUUCUUUAAAUGCUCUGGGUUAUUUAAUCUUCCGCUGUGCAAACUCUGAGAAGAACCUCUUUCGCAGAGAUCCCACACACCCUAAUAUAGCAGGUCUGGAGACAAUUCCAACAGCAACUGGAAAGAGGCUACUGGUGUCAGGCUGGUGGGGAUUUGUGCGGCAUCCCAAUUAUUUGGGUGAUUUGAUCAUGGCACUGGCCUGGUCUCUACCUUGUGGAUUUUCCCAUGUUCUACCAUAUUUCUAUGUGAUCUACUUUGCUGUUCUGCUUGUGCACAGAGAGGCACGUGAUGAACACCAAUGCCUGAAGAAGUAUGGGUUGGCCUGGCAACAGUACUGCCAACGUGUUCCAUACCGGAUUAUCCCUUAUCUCUACUAACCAAGACUGACACAACUUGCCAAACUCUUCUUAAAUAAUAGCACCAUCUUCUUUUGUAUUUCUUGUUUAAUACAUAACAGGGGUAGUGACUGUGAACUCAGCUCAUCAGACAACAAAACGCUGUUGCCUAAAGUUAUCCUGCACGGAAUGCUGGUACAAUCUUACAUUAUUUACUCUGUACAAACAGCUGACUCCAUCCCAAGUUGUGUUAUAAGCGGAGAUGAUUCUGGUAGAUUAAGUGAAAGUGACUUACUCAGGAUCACACAGUAGAAUCAUUAUUAAGAAAUGAAAAUGGUAACAUUACCCAUUACAUCACACUGUCUAAAAGAUGGAAUGAAAUAAUUUACACAAAUUUUGAACAAUACCUCAUUCUAGUAUCAUGAGGGUAGUGUGGUGUUACCUCAUUCUAGUAUCACGAGGGUGGCAUGGUGUUAGUGGUUACAGCUGCUGCCUCACAGGCCUUUUUCUCUUUGCACUAUGGUUUUCCUCCUAAAUCCUAAAGACAUACAGGUUAACUAACUAGCAUGUCUAAAUUGGUCAUGGUUCAAUAAAUGAGUGUGAUUGUACCUUGCAGUGGACCGAUACCCAAUGCUGCUGGGAUAAACCGAGAGACGCUGAAUUGGAUAACUGAGUUCUGAAGAUGGAUGAAUGAUGAUGACAGAAGUUCUGGUCACAUAACAAUUUUGGGCUUUUCGUACUAAGGCUGCUUGCAAAUAAAGACAAUACAUUUUAAUGAUGGUGACUAACUACAAGUUUUGUUAUGUUUGCAAAAUCAAGUUGCAUUUAUUAUGGUGCCAGUCCUAACUGGAAUUUAAUUUUAAAUUAUUUGCCUAAUGGCACAGUAUGAUUUAUUUAUUUUUAAAAAAAUGGCAGGCAGUUUUAUCAUUAAAUAUAGAAAGCACAGUAUUGUUUGUACAUUUUUUUUUGGAUUUAGGUAACAAGUUUGUAAGUGUAAAACUGUGGGAAGACCAUAUUUUCUCCUUUAAACAAAAGAGUACAGUGGGCAAGAACUGUCAAUUAAGUGAAUUUUACAGAAAUAAAUCACACCUAGAACAGCUAAACAGAAAUACUGGCAUGUCUUUGAAGAGAUAUGUUGAAAAAUUCAAUAAUAUUCUGUAGCAAAAAUGUUUUAAGCAUACGGUUAUGGCCUGAAAUUACUGUACAAAUGUCUUCUACAUACAGUAUAAAUUAUGUCAUCAAAUGUAAACAAAAUCUAAAUGUGUCUGAAUUAUUUUUAAUAAAUUAUUUUUA